UAGCAGCUAAACGAAGAACAGCAAUAUUUAUCAGUUGAGUUUUAAUCGUUGAAGACUGCAUUUCAAAUACAAAAAAUGAUUACUUAUCUUGUAAUGUUUGUUGUGCUGAUAUUGUCGGCUGUGCCGGUGCUACAAUGGUACAAAAAGAGAGCUAGACUAAUUGAACUAAUUGACAAAAUACCUGGCAAGAAAGCUUACCCAUUGAUUGGCACAUCGUACGAAUUCUUUGGAAUUGAUAGGAAAGGCAUUUUUAAUGUUAUUCACGAAAACUCAAAACAAUAUCCAUACAUCAAUCGCAUUUGGGUCGGACCUAGCCCCGAUGUGAUAAUUCGUAAGGCAGAAUACGUUGAAAAAGUGAUCGGUUCAAGUAAAAAUAUGGAAAAAUCAAGAAUUUAUGAUUUUGUUAAAAUUUGGUUGGGUGAUGGUUUAUUGAUAUCGAACGGAGAGAAAUGGUUUAAGCACAGAAAAAUUAUUACGCCGACAUUCCACUUUAGUAUACUGCAGAGUUUUUGUGAAAUUUUCAAUGAAAAGUCUGCAGUUCUGGUGGAAAAAUUAAAUGAGAAAGCGAACACUGGUGAAGUAUUCAAUAUUCAAACGUUCAUAACGAAUGCUGCGCUAGACAUCAUUAGUGAAGCUGCAAUGGGCAUUUCGAUAGAUGUCCAACGCCAACAAAAAAGCGAAUACGUCAGCUCAAUAUAUGAAAUCAGUGAACUAAUCUUACACCGAUUCGUUCGUCCAUAUUUACACCCUGAAUUCAUAUACAAAAUAACAUCGACCGGCAAACGGUUCUACCACUGUCUACAAAUUUUGCAUAGCUUUACAAAGGAUGUGAUCGAAAACCGUAAGAAAACAAGAUUGGAAAACCAGCGAAAAGGUGUCGUAGUACCAAAGAGACAAGCGUUCUUGGACUUACUCCUAGAUGCCAACGAGAAUAAACAUUUACUAACUGAUCAGGACAUUCGUGAAGAAGUCGAUACAUUUAUGUUUGAAGGUCACGAUACGACGGCGUCUGGCAUUUCUUGGACGCUUUACAUCCUUGGCUGCUAUCCAGAUGUGCAAGAGAAAGUUUUUCAUGAAAUCGAUAGCAUUUUUAAUGGAACAGAUCGUCCGGCUACUCUUGCUGAUCUAAACGAAAUGAAGUAUUUGGAACGAGUAAUCAAAGAGUCCAUGCGAAUUUUCCCGCCGGUUCCCACGUUAGGUAGAAUUUUGAGUGAAGAUGUACAACUGGAUGAAUAUCUCAUUCCGAAGGGAACGUCUGUGACGAUUCAGGUGUACUAUUUGCAUCGCGAUCCGAGAUUCUUCCCUGAUCCAGAGAAAUUCGAUCCUGAUCGAUUUUUACCAGACAACAUAGAAGGACGGAACCCGUUUGCUUAUAUUCCGUUUUCGGCAGGUUCCAGAAAUUGCAUUGGACAAAAAUUUGCUAUGUAUGAGGAGAAAUCAGUUUUGAGUUCAAUUAUUAGGAGAUUCAAAUUGAAUUCAGUCGAAAAAAGGGAGGACUUGUUUUUAAUGCGAGAACUAAUACUUAAAUCAUAUAAUGGAAUGAAAGUGAAAUUGGAGAGGCGAAAUAAAUGAAAUAUUUGGACUUCUUUA